AUGGAGAACUCAAAAGAAGCAGAAGGAGCAUCUGCUGAGUGGAUAGAGCAGCUCGCUCUCACCAGCUGUACCGACACCCUGCAGCUACCACCCAAUAAACAAACAGAAACUGCUGCGGAUCCCUCUACUGCUCCUUGUUCUUCAGACGAAGAAAAAAGUGAAGAUGAUUCAUCUGGUCGUGUUUUGGGGGUUCACGCUGAGCGCGACGGUGUACAUACACCCGAAGGUGUUGCAGCAGCAACCUGCAUCGAUACAAGCAGCAGAGGCAGCAGCAGCAGCAGCAGCGCAGCAGCAGAAACUGACUCAGCUGAUGAAGAUCUCAGCCCCUUCUGUGUCCCGGAGAUGCCCUGCCGCUCCCCCUCUCCAGACCCCCUAGCUGCCGAGACACUCGAGCUGCCUGUACUGCCACCCAGCAGCAGCAGCAGCAGCAGCAGCAGCAGCGCAGCAGCAGCAGCAGCAGCAGCAGCAGCACCUGCUGCUCGCUUUGGCUCAAUAGACAUAACCGAUACAGAGGAGGGAGAAGGGGGCCCCCAGGGGGCCCCCUCUAGCAACAGUGAAGGGUACAGGGGGCCCCCAGGUGCUCAGAACGAGACAGUUAUAUACCCAAGCUGGGGGGCCCUGGUGAGAGAGACGAUAGGGGGCCCCCGCUGCUCCUCAUCACCAUCAUCAUCAGCAGCAACAACAGCAGCAGCAGCAGCAGCAGCAGCAGCAGCAAUGCUGGGGGGUAUGGAGGGUCACCGUCUCCUCCUUCGGGCUCAAAAGGAGACAGAAAGAAGAGACAUCGGUGUUGCUUUUCUGCAGAAAGGAGACAGAGAAAUAUAUAACAAACAAAUCAUCACAGAACCCAGCAACUCUCAGCCUAUAGAUAAACCCCAAAGGGGGCCCCAUAGGGGGCCCCCCUCCCUCAACCCCUCAGGUGGGGGCCCCAGCUGUGCGCUGCCAGAGCGUCUGCAUCUGCUGCAGCAGCAGCAGCAGCAGAAUGGCGAUGCCACCGACUGCAACAGCAGCAGCAGCAGCAGCAGCAGCAGCAGCAGCAGCAGCAGACAGCAGCAGAAACAACCUGAGUUUCCUAAGGGCCCCCAACAUGUACCCGCUCCAAGCCCCAGGAGGCCCCGCGACACAGAGCCAGGCGACGGCUUCUUUCCUUCUUCUCCCCUCAAGCAGCAGCAGGGGCCCCCAACCGAGGGGCCCCCAUCAGAGCAGGGGGCCCCUGAGAAAGGGGCCCCUAUAGGGGUACAGGAGGAGUCAGGGUGUGCUGAUGAGGGGGGGCCCCCGUCCUCUGGUGUAGAGGGGGCCCCUGAUGAUGCUGAGGCUGGCGUUGGUGUGCCUGUGUCUCCGUGUGUGGGGGCCCCCUUGGGGGCCCUCGUCGACCGUGAGGGGGGUAUUCAUUGCUGUGUUGCUGGGGUGUAUGAUGAGGGGGCCCAAGAAGAAACCCCAAACAAAGGAGAAGAUGCGUUGCUGCUGUCUCUUACUCCCUCAACCCCCAACAGAAACAGAAACACAAAUAAAGCUCUACCGAGAAGGGCCCCCCUGCCGCAGGACCCUCUCAGGAGGCCCCAUCUAUCCCCCCUCAUACAGACCCUUGGGGGCCCCCGCCAGCGCGACAACUACUGCCCCCCUCUACCCAGAAGGGGGGCCCCCCAGCAUCAACAGGGGCCCCCACAGCGCCAACAGGGGCCCCCCAACCAAACAGAGACAGAGACAGUGCAGCAGCAACACAACCCUGCAGCAGACACAGCAGCAGCGGGGCCCCCAUGCGGAGACACCACCGAGACCUCAUACCUUCAGAGGGGGGCCCCCAGGGGGCCCCCUACUGAAGACAACCCGGAGGUACAAGCAGGGGCCCCCAAGGAGACUGCUGUGGGGCCCCAGCUAGCCGCAGAUGAGGCUCUAGUACCCUCUGGGGGCCCCCCUACAGACGAAGACAGGGGCCCUGAGCCCGAGCAGCUGUCUCCUCCUGUCUCCUCAGAAGAGACAGAAGGGGCCCCCCGCGAUGCAACCCCUCUUGAGGGGGCCCCCCAGCAAACAUGUAAAGGGGAGGGGCCCCCCGACGUACCCUCUGAUAAGACAGAAGAAGUGUCUAUGCAGGGGCCCCCGCAACCACCUGAGGGGCCCCCUACCCCUACAGGCCAAGAAGUGUCUAUGCAGGGGCCCCCACAACCACCUGAGGGGUCCCCUACCCCUGCAGCCCGUGAGGGGGGGCCCCCCGGGCCCCCAGAAGAUAUUCUAAGGGGCCCUGAGGCUGGGGCCCCUCGAGGGGGCCCCCACACCCCCCUACCUGACUUCCCUCUGCAUGCAACAGAGGAAGAAAGCGUCGUCACCUCCAGCAAUGGGGGGGGCCCGCAGCAACAGCAACAGCAGCAGCAGCAGCAGCAGCAGCAGCAGCAGCAGAAUGAACAGGAAAAACAAAAGGAGCAACAGCAGCAGCAGCAGCAGCACCAACAACAGCAGCAGCAGCAAAAGAGCGUCAGCUUUCUUAGUCGGGGGGCCCCUUACUUACCCUCAGUCUCUGUUGUUAAUGAGGAGGGUACCACUCUAAGGGGGGCCCCGCAUGGGGCCCCCUCUUCGCCUCGUCCCCUAGUGCAGGUACAGGGGGCAUCUGAGGGCCCCUCUGUUCAGCAGCAAACUGUCUCCUUUCAGCAGCAAGCUGUCUCCUCGCUGCAGCAGCUUGCUGCAGAAAGGAGACAGCUGGGAUCCAUAGAAGGAGACAGCACAUACAGCUGGGGAUCGUCUCCUCGGGUUUCUCUGUCUCUAUCAGGGGGGCCCCCUCUACGCUAUGGGGCCCCCCUUGAGGGGCCCCCAACCCCCUUCGGGGGUUGCAGCUCACACAGAGAAACUAUCGAUGCCCUUCAGUACCCAGGGGCCCCCCAUCAGUACCCAGGGGGCCCCCAUCAAUACACAGGGGCCCCCUCUUCGUACCCUAACACAACCAGGGUAUACACGCAGACAACAGGGGCCCCCCGAGAAGGGGUUUGCUUAGGGGGCCCCUCCAUAGAGGGGAUCGCAGCGAGGGGCCCCCCAGCAGUGUUGCCGCCGCACACGAGUAGCAGCAGCUUCUUGCAGCAGCAGCUGCAGCAGCAGCAGCAGCAGCAGCAGGAGCCGCUGGUGCUGAGGAACUACGCGGCGGGGUGUAUAUACACCGCACGACACACCACCACCACCUACAGCCAGGCCUCUGCUUCUUAUAAAACCAUACACCCCCCCAACACCCCCAUUGCUGCUCCUCUUGAGGCUACGCGUUUGCUGCUGCAGCCGCAGCAGCACAAGCAGCAGCAGCAGCAGCAGCAGCAACAGCAGCAACAGCAGCAGCAGGUGUUGCCCAGUGAACCCCUCCUUAGAUCCCCCCGCGGGGCUCUGCUGCUUCCGGGGGCCCCCUCCCUCUCAGCUGCUGUUCGCAGCACACGCCAGGGGGGCCCCCAGGGGGCCCCCCAUGGGGCCCCCCAGGGGGGGCCCCCUCAGGGGGCCCCCAGGAGGAGAACUUCUGUCGAGGCGUGGGUUGCUGCUCCGGUCCCUCUGAGCAGCAGCAGCAGCAGAGCAGCAGCAGCAGCAGCAGCAAAAGCUGCUGCAGCUACAGAAACUACAACCUUCCUCAGGCCUCUUCGUGUUGCCCCCUUAAACCUAACGGAAGAGGGGAGAAUCCUCCCUGCCUCGCUUAAACAGCAGCAGCAGCAGCAGCAGCAGCAGCAGCAGCAGCAGCAGCAGCAGCAGCAGCAGCAACGGCAGCAGCAACCUUUGUUGGAGCAGCAACUGCCGCAGCAGCCUUAUGCGCUGCAGCAGCAAUACUAUGUGCUGCAGCAGCAACCCUCUCAGGGACCAUAUCUUAUGCAGCCAGAGCCGUGCGUACCUCAGCAGCAACUGCAGCAGCAGCAGCAGCAGCAGCAGCAACUGCAGCAGGAGCAGCAGCAGCAGCCGUACGUGGUGCAUCAGCUUCCGCCUGAGAUGCUGCAGCAGCAUACGUAUUAUGUGUAUGGAGAGGAGGAGCAGCAGCAACUGCAGCAGCAACUGCAGCAGCAGCAGCAGCAGCAGCAAGAGGAGGAAGUUGUAUUGAUGCUACCAACUGAAGCAGCAGCAGCAGCAGCAGCAGCAGCAGGAGCAGCAGGAGCCCAUUGGGGGCCCCCUCUGGUGUAG